AGUGUCUAAAAUCCUGUCACCAUCAGGGCUCAAACCUAGCACCUCCCAGUGAGAAGGACUGCAGUGACAUCAGUUGAUACAGCGAGCCAUCUCUCCUCAAAACUAAUUUUUCUUUUCUUUCCUCUUUCCUUUGUCGAAGUUCUAUCAUUUCAUUCAAGUGGUAAUUGAAUGCAUUGAUUUGAAUGAUGAAAUCUUCAAUUAACUGGAGAUGCUUAAAUUCACUGCACCAAAAGUAAUAGUUUUUAAUCUCUAUGACAUCUUGCCAAAAAAAUAAAUUCUCAAAAAUGAGGAGUUAUCAGUAAAACAUCAAUACAUGAAUUUGUCUUAACAUAACUUACAACUAAUUAUAAUUCAUGUACAAACAUUGCCCUCUCACAUUAAUGUUUCCUUCCAGAGAGGUGCAGUACAUACACAAUUCGUACUUGUUUUAACAUAAUAACUUGUGAGAAAGUGAUAUGAAUAAAUACAACUAAUAAAACUUUAUUCAUACAAACUCUACAGAUUAAACACAAAAUUUCUCCUCAGGUUAGUAAUGAAUUAAUGCACCAAAUUAUAACGGUAUUAAUAUUUCAUCUCAGAAAAGCUAAAUCUAAAGGGAAAGAAAUAUAUAACGCUUUGAUAGUUUUGUAAAUCUCUGAAUUAGGUAACAUUUCAAAACCAGUUCACAGUGGGGAAAUUCAUUAUAUUAGAACUAAAUAGUAAACGAGUCACACUGAAACAGUAUAUCAAUUGAAUUCAUGUCAUUCAUAAAUUCUACUUUAUUUUUUGUAUUACAUAGUCCUCUGGAUAAUCUAUGAGUUUUGGAAACUUCUCCACUUCUUCUUCAGAAUACUCAUCAAGUCUUUUUGGUAUUAAUCUUGGACGCCGGAUCUGAUUUGUAACAUUCUCAAGAAUUUCCUUUGGUACAUUGGCAUCAGGAUAUAUAUGCAAUCUUUCCAUCUUGGUGUGUCUGUACAGGUUGCCCUUCAUGCUGUUGUAAAUUGCUUUUUUCAAAACCAAAGUAGGAUCUUUCUCAUGCAGCUCCCAUGCAAAUGUCCAAGAGGCUCCACCAGCAAAACCAGUGUGAUGAAAAUACACUCUCUUCUGCCAUUCAUCUCCAGGCAGAGCUAUUUCUUUACUGUUAAUCACCACGACAUGGUCUCCUGUAUCUGCACUAGGACCAUAUAUAGGUUUGUGCAAACCAGCCAAAUACUUCUGAAUAAUUUUUGCUGAUUCAAAAGGAUUUUGCCACUUAGCAUCGAAGAGAUGCCACACUCUGGUAAAAGUGGUCCAUUGUUGGGCUCGUUUAUAGAUGCUCAUCUUUCCAACUUUAUAAAUGUACUUAGGUCACUGAAAAUAUGCUACCACAAAAGCAGGUGUCACAACAUCACUUCCAAAAAUUUUAAACAUGUGAUUUACACAAAUGUAAAGAAUUUAAUUUCUUUUAAGGUUGUAUGAAGAAAACAGCAACCAAUCUUCAAAAAACACACGUAGUUCACGCCGGGUACACAACACUUAUUCACUUAUUUCAGAGAGUAUAUACAAUCGUAGAGUAUAUACAAUCAUAUUAUAUCUGCGACUUAUACAUUAUACAAUCACAUACAAUUGAGUUGAUUGAGUCCGUCUAAUAAACGAAUAUCAACAAACAACAGCCUGAAAUAUACUCAAAUACGUUUUUGUGGCAGAGCCAGGCACGCAGAAGACCUCGCCUGCUUUCGCCCGUGGUCUUCGCUCCUCGCUUUUCGCUUUUCUGUGGAAUCAGAAUACCAAUUCACACCAAAAUAUCGCAUAGACACAUUGCCAACCGAUAGAAAUAUGAACUAAAUCCGUUUUAAUAUUAAUAGACUAAAAUGUUUUGGUGAAAUUUGAUGCGGACAUUUGGUGGUAAUGAAUCCAGAGAAAGUACCAACGUGACUAUUACCACGGUGCAUUACCAACGUGUCAUUUUGGAAACCAAUUUUGUUCUUGAAGUUCUAUAUCAAGUGAGAAGUGCAGGGCUAGUGCAUGUGUUGAGCUUGCAUCAUCUUUAAGUUUGAGUGAAAAUCAACCUGUUCUCGUGAUAUUUGUAUUUAUAUUAAUUUCUUAAAAUAAUGUCUAAAAGAACUCAACCAGUGUGGGAAUCACCAAAACCAACUGCACAGCCAAAUUUAAAACUUUAUAAUAGUUUAACCCGUCAAAAAGAAGUUUUUGUGCCCCAGAAUGGCAAAAGAGUGCUGUGGUAUAGUUGUGGACCAACUGUGUAUGAUGCUUCACAUAUGGGCCAUGCCAGGUCUUACAUAUCUUUUGAUAUUUUGCGACGAGUUCUUUCCAAUUAUUUCAACUACGAUGUAACAUAUGUAAUGAAUGUAACUGACAUAGAUGAUAAAAUUAUUAAAAGAGCAAGACAGAAUUAUCUAUUUGAAAAAUAUUUAGAGAAAUCCAAAAAUUUAGAAGAAACAUUGAGAGAUGUACGUUCUGUCAUGGACCGAGUUACAUUAAAUGUGCAGCGAACCACUGACACUGACAAGAAAUUAAUGUUUGAAAAGAUGCUUGCUAGAAUGAGUAACGCUGUAGAGGAGUUAGAGUCUGCUAUUAAAGCAUCUGAUGAAGCAAAAAUUAAAGAGGGCCAAGAAGCAUUGCUUCGAGAGGCCAGGGACCCUCUCUCGGAGUGGUUGGAUGCGGAACAAGGUUCAACAGUAACAGAUAAUUCUAUAUUUUCAAAACUUCCUCGGUAUUGGGAAGCUCAGUUUCAUCAGGAUAUGGAUGCUUUAAAUGUUUUGAGACCGAAUGUAUUAACUCGAGUCAGUGAAUACAUUCCAGAAAUUGUUUCCUAUAUAAAAAAAAUUGUGCAGAACGGUUUGGCUUAUGAAAGCAAUGGUUCGGUAUACUUUGAUGUAGCUGGAUUUGAUGCUCGGAAAAACCAUCAUUACGCUAAAUUGGUCCCUGAAGCUUAUGGUGACUGCAAGUCUUUGCAAGAUGGAGAAGGAGAUUUAUGCAUUUCUGAGGAGCGUUUAAGUGAAAAGAAGUCACCUAAUGACUUUGCCUUAUGGAAAAGCUCCAAACAAGGAGAACCUUGGUGGGAAUCCCCUUGGGGCAAAGGGCGACCAGGCUGGCAUAUCGAGUGCUCCGUGAUGGCUUCUGACAUAUGCGGAUCAUCUCUAGAUAUUCAUACGGGAGGCAUUGACUUGCGUUUUCCUCAUCAUGAUAAUGAGUUGGCUCAGGCAGAGGCUUACUUUGACAAUGAUCACUGGGUACGAUAUUUUCUUCACUCUGGCCAUCUUACUAUUGCUGGGUGCAAAAUGUCCAAGUCUCUGAAGAACUUUGUGACAAUCAGAGAAGCUCUCCAGAAACACACAGCUCGUCAGUUGCGUCUUGCUUUCCUUCUCCAUUCAUGGAAAGACACUCUAGACUACAGUGCCAGCACAAUGGAUAUGGCAUGCCAAUAUGAGCGCAUGUUAAAUGAAUUUUUCCUGACUGUCAAGGACUUAGCCAGGGCAAGAUGCACUGGCUCUCAACUAGACUGCUUUCAGAAGUGGGGGCCUAAAGAAUUGGAGUUAAUAGCUAAGCUCAGAGAGAGCAAGGAGGCUGUCCAUGCUGCUCUUUGUGAUAAUGUUGAUACAAGAACAGCUUUAGAUCAUAUUAGAGAACUUGUUGCAUUCUCAAAUAUUUAUAUUCGUGAUUGUUGGGGCAGCCACGAAGCUAACAGCUUGUUGCUGAAUGAUGUUGCUGGGUAUAUCACUUUUCUUUUACGUGUGUUUGGAGUUGUCCCUUCAGAUACCUCCAUUGGCUUUCCUGUGGGAGCCCCAGGCAGCACAUCUGGUGAUUUGGAAAGUCAGUUAAUGCCGUACUUGUCACUUAUGGCAUCUUUUCGUGAUAAUGUCAGAUCUCAUGCCAGAUCAUUGGGAGCCAAAGAUAUAUUACUGGAAUGUGAUAGACUUCGUGAUGAUUCAUUGCCAGAAUUGGGAGUUCGUUUGGAGGAUGUUGAAGGUCGUCCUGCUGCUGUGAAGCUGGUAGGUCGAGAAGCAAUGCUCAAAGAGCGAGUAGCAAAACAACAGGCAGAGGCUGCAAAGGCUGCUGAACGUGAACGCAAAAAAGCUGAGCAAACUGCAGCAGCUGCAGCAAGAGAGGCUCUGAGACGGGUUCCACCUGCAGAAAUGUUCCUAGCUGAAACUGACAAGUAUUCACGUUUUGAUGAUAAGGGGCUGCCCACACAUGAUGUAGAAGGUAAAGAGCUGAGUAAAGGAUUGCAGAAAAAACUUCUGAAGUUGCUGCAAGCACAAGAAAGACGUUACUCUGAGUUCCUUGCUUCACAACAAACCAAUGGAACUGAAGAUUCAUAAAACCUCUCAUUUUACAAACUAUUCAUUUAAAAGAAUGCAGCAAGAUUUUUCUUGCACUUUGUGGUUAAAACUUAAAUUAUUUGAUAUGUUGCCCAAUGAAAAAUGUUACAGUGAAAAGUGCUUAUUCCGUUUUUGUGUGCUCAUUACUAGCACAUCUAGUAUUAUCUGCACAUUUUGUGAUGGCUGUUUACAGAAAUAGCUGGCUGUACUUUCAUAAAUCAAUUUGUUGAUGUUGUUAGUGCCUGUGUCUAGGACAACAAAUGAAGGGAAAUUGCAACAUAGUGUAAUGAGUUUUCAGUAUAAGUGAGGAAAUUCAAUCAAAUGAUAUUUAAUUGUAAUUGAAUGAAAUUUUGCUUUCAAUUGCAAAAGAACUCACAAAUAUUGAUAUCUUGCUUAAUUUAUUUUGUGUAAUUUUUCAAAGAUAUCUUCUUCAAAGAUUCUCCAAGUUAUUAUGUGGUGUUCAUAUUUUUCAGUACAGCCUGUUACAGUUUAAUGGAUUAUUACAUUUGUUAUUUUAAAUACAUUUACAUGUUUUUGAUUUUCACAUUUUUAUAAUAAUUGAAUUUAUUACCUACACAUCACCACUUAUCUGAACUUUUGUUGGUAAAAAUGAGCACAUGAUUAAUUGAGAUUGUGAGCAAAUCAUAUGUUGGCAGAUACAUUUCUUUAUGUUGAAUUAGUAUUUGCCUGUCUGACUACAAUCGAGAAUUUUCUGGCAAACCAAUCAAACAAAUAAUUGUGACUUUUUGAUAUAUUGUACUAGUUUCUUGAUACAUUUUUUGUUGAAGUGAGAUAUGCAUUUAGGUCAGUUAAUGUGAUAAUAUGACUUACAAUUUUGGUGCCACAUACAUUAAUAUAUUAUAUAUUAAUAUAAGAUAUAGGUCCUUUUUUCUGCAUUUCUGAAAUUAAACCUCAAGUCGUAGCAUAAGAACACCAGAAUUGAAAAUGAUUUCCAAAUGCUCAUUAGGUGUUUUUGCUUCUUCAUUCAUCCACACCUUGUGUGAAAAAUUAUUGAUAUACAAAUUGGUUGAUUUAAUUUAUUUCUUUCUUUACCCUUCCAGUGGAUGCAGACUUCAUCUGCAAAAGUUUAUUUAUCCCUUUCCUUUUAAUAUUUUUCACCUUAAGAAUAAUUUAAUUUGAAUACCUUCCUUCGAACUCUUAUUUUGGUUUGAUCAGUGAAGUAGUAUCAGAGUUGUCAGUAAUAAGAUUGCUGACAACUCUAUUGUGACAUGACCACCAGUGUUACAUUGUUUAUUCCAAAUUAAAAUUUGGAGCUUAGGUGUACUGUUUUUGUAAUCUUUUUUGGUAACUAUAUUUAAUCAAUUUGUUAAAAAUGAUGCAAUUUCCAAAAUCUGGUGCUGAAACUUCGAAUACACCGAUAACAAAGAUUGGUCUACUACUAUUAACUUUUCAUUAAAAUUUUUUUAAAAUUUCCAAGCCUUUUCUAUGAAGGUUCACUGAAAAUUUAAUAUCUAUGCUCAUUUGUUAUCAUGCUAAUCUUGUUUGCUUUCAUCCAUUUUUGUGGAUAAAAUGGUUAUCCAAUUAAAAAUCCCAGUCUGACACGCCAUGGACAUUUUAAAAUAAUGUGUGACCACUGUAUGGUCACGGAGCAAGCACAUUCAGAUGGUUUUUACAUUUUCAAUGAAAAAAAAUCUUAUCUAACCAUUCGAUAAAAUUCUUACUAAGAAUUUCCUAAUAUUUAACUGAAGUUCUCUUUUCGUUAAGUGAUUCUACAUUGUAUUUACUGAACAUGGUAUGGGUGUAAAUAUUGCAUAUAAAAGACUUGCUAAAUUAGAAUGUGACGUCAGUUGUCCUUCAUUUCACUCACUUUUGCAGCAUAAUCCAUUUCACUCACGAGUGGAAGAAUAUUUGGGGCAAAGGAAUGCAUUGUAGUGACUGAAAAUACAAUACAUACUGUAAGUACUCUCCUGUCCUUAGCAAUUGACUCAUGUUCAAAAUGUUGUUUCAUAUGUAUUAUUAUUAUAUUUAUAGAUAAUGUACGUUUAUUAAAUUUUUAACUUAUUUGAUGAAGUCUGUUGCUUUUCAAAAAUGCUUUUUGAUUUUUUUAACACUUAAUAACAAUUCCAAAAGAAAGAAACAUUGUACAUUUACAAAUGCAAAAGAAAGAAAUUUACUGUAUGUAGGCAAACUGUUUUUCUGAGAUGGCAUUUACAUUAUUUAAAUAAAUCUUUGAUUAUGUAAAAGUGGUGACAAGAAAUUGCAUUGAUGUUAUAUGGCAUUUCUUCAUUAUGUAUGCCAGAUUUUCAUAAAGAAAUAUAUUUUGACAUAUAAUUGUUA